UUCACUCACUCUGUCUGUCUGUGGCGCACUUUCUUUACAAGCCUGCUAUUUGUAUUGUUCUCUGCAGAAUAACCUUCUCCAUUAUGGCUUCCAUCGUGUCUUCCCUGGGCAGUAAGAAGAAGGUCAGGCUGCAGAAGUUUUUCUCCAGUCCUGUUCAUUUUUUUCUUCUGUACAAGAGCAGUCGUUUUAGGAACACCUUCGAUCAGCUCCUCUCCAGCUUCGACAACUCUGGCAAAUUUUUGCUCUCAGUGUUUCAGCAGUCAGGGUCAGUCAGAGGAGCUUUCAUGAGUAAAUCCCUGAGACAUGGGACUGAGUUUUCUGACACAGAGGCAUUUGUGUUUGAGAUGGAUGAGAACGAUGCCAAACAUUUUCUGGUGAAAAACCCCGCAGAAGCUAUCAGGGUCAGCGAACAAUCUUCAGUUCAAAACAGCGGGCUCUGGCAUAAAACUUCUCAGAGUUCAGGUUCUAUCUCUUUUGGAAGCUGCUUAAACUUAAGGUUGGAUAAUGGCUGCUGGUAUGUGAGCUUCUGCACAGACAUGACCUAUGGCACAAAAUGGGCACAGGAGAAAAACAUUCACUAUGUAGAUGUGGAGCUGCACCGAGUCGAAGAUGUGGGUGAUGUUUUACCCAACCCUUGGAGAGAGGUAUCCUGGAAUGAUGUGACAAGGGACAAUCUGAGGAAGGAUUUUGUCUCUUACAAGCUGUUGUUGAAGUCUCUACCCCGGGUGAAGGCUUUACUCUUGGGCCCAGUGGGUUCUGGGAAGUCCAGCUUCAUCAACUCUCUCAGAUCCACAAUGUACAAGCGCAUCGUACAUCUGCCCAACAUCGGCACAGCAGUGGAUGGGUUCACCCAGAAGAUGACAACUUACAAUAUUCGAGUAAAUCAAGGAGGGUUUGAAAGUGCUCUGAGCCUUUGCGACGUGAAGGCUAUAGGAGAUGACGACUCUACUGGUCUCUCUUACUCUGAUGCACUGGCUGUCAUAAAAGGCCACGUCCCAGAAGGAUACAAGUUCCAGAGAGGUGUUAGAGUCAGUGAUGCAGUAAGUGGCUACAUAGAAAAUCCCACCCUGAAUGAGCAGAUUCACUGUGUCCUCUUUGUGCUUGACGCCUCCAAAGUGACAUCGUACCCCAGAAGCCUGAAGUCCACACUCAGGAAGCUGCAUUCCACCAUAUCAGACAUGGGUAUCCCUCAGCUGAUUUUGCUCACUCAUGUGGACCAGGUGUGUCCGGUAGUAGAGGACGAUGUAAAGUAUGUCUACUCCAGCCGAGCCUUGCAGGAUAAGAUGAAGAAAGCAGCUGAGUUGCUGGGAUUGUCAUUGUCCUACGUUCUGCCGGUGAAGAACUAUGUUUCCCAGCUGACAGUGGACUGCAACGCAGACAUCCUGCUCCUCAAUGUGGCUAUGAGCAUCCUACAGGCUGCGGACGACACGCUCGAGGACAAGCACUCUAUUCCUGUCCCUGUAACCCCUUUAACACCUGAAAAAUGCUGCGAUAAUUUAGAUGAUCUUUUUGACUAAGAUCACACACAUCUAAACCACAUGUUUUCAGUUUAGAUUUACAGUUAAGAAACGAGUCAGUAACAGCUUAUAGAAAACUUGCAGCAACUUGCACUGGCCUUGUUCAGAGGUUGUAUGCACUAGAACUUGAUGUUUACCUAUAUGGAUUUAUUAUAUAGUGGGGUUCUAAUUAUUUUGUCUUGGUCAUUUACACUGCACACUUUCCAUUUGACUCAUAGUUACCUGGGUUUUGCAUUUCAUGGGUAGGUGUGCAUUGAUGGUUAAUGCCUGGGUGUUGCUAUUUUGAUUGGGUGCAAACCAAAUUUUCUAUGUUUGUGUUCUGUUGCUAUUGUGGUCGCUAUUUUAACGGAUUGAGCUGACUCGGGUAAGAUUUUAUAGCACUGAUGCAGAGAUACAAAUUUAUUAAAUGGGUCCUGACCCAUUUGUUCCAACCUGGGGUCUCAUUUAUCAAAGCAUGCAUAGAACAAGUAUGAGCAUACGAGUUUGUCUAAUAAAUAAAUGCAUUAAAUAUAUAUAUAUUUUAUGAAUAUGUGUGUAUCUUCUAUUGCCACAAUUACAUGUAGAAACUCUCUAAUGGUAUGAACAUUCAUCAUUUUUGCUGUAUUUUCCACUGCUGGUUUUGGCAGUGUAAUGUAUUGUCAUGUGAGCGGUAUGAAUAAAGGUAAAAUGAGUCAUUAUUCAACUUGUAGUUGGUUGGGAGCAGCAAAAUCAGUAAUGACCCUUCAAUUAUGCUGAUAUGAUUGACAGUAAGUGGGACCGGACCUCAGUUUACUUUGCUAUUACACUUUUCUACCACUAGGGGUUCUUGUGUAUGGAUGGUCAGGCGCCUGUGGAAAUAAAGAAGACUUGAUAAACCCCAUUCAGUGCAUAGAAACAUGCGAAUGCAAGGUUCAUACAAAAAACUA